UGCCCUAACUUUGGAGUAUCGCCAUCUCAGGCCGCAGGCACGAUCUGCGUUACUUUAUCAAGGCCAUGGUAAUAAAAUUAACGAUCCUGCCUUUGUGGAGAUUACUUUUGAUAAUACAGACAAAAAGUUGCCGGUGAAUGCUGAUACGGUAGUGUUUCGGAGAAUGAUUGCGGCCAAGAAGGAUAAGUUCUACUGCAAUGGGAAAGAAAUUUCAAAUGCAAAACAGUUUCUAGAUGUGGCUGGUUUUAUGAACCCAUAUUUCAUCGUUAGACAAGGUAAAGUACAAGAGUUGGCAGUAGGAACUGAUGCAUUCCGAUUAAAAUUGCUGGAGGAUGUCACGGGAUCAACGUCGUACGAACAAAAGUUGGAGGAUUAUCGCAAAUCUGUUGACGAUGGUGACGCCAAAAAGACUGAGAUGGAAAAAUGUCUGACAGACCUCAAAGAUAGACAGGAUAGCCUUGCAAACGAAGCAACCGAAUUGAAACAAUAUUUGAAAUGGGAUUCUAAGCGACGUUCGAUAGAGCAAAUUUUGAAUCAACGGGAAAUGGCGUCAGCCCAAACGGCGUUAAAAUCAUGUGAAGCAGAACGUGAGAAGGUGUCAGAGCAAGUGGAACCUAUUCAAAAAGAAUGGCAGGAGCUCAAAAAAGAUGAACAAACCGUCACUCAGAAUCUUGCAAAUGUUGCAUCUAAAUAUGAAAGGGUUCAGGCGAAGCGUGAAAUUGUGGACAGCGAAGUUUUGUCUCUGGUGUCUGAGAAGGAACGCUUAAAGAACUUGCGCGAAGAAUUUUUAAGCCAAAGCAAAAAUUUAUCAAAGAAGCAAGUAAAUGCACAGUUAAAAAAGUUACAGAGCGUACUUUCUGAAAUGGAAUUAGAAUUAGCUGAAGCUAAAAAUGAGCUUGAACUCGCAAAAUCAAAUGAGCUGAAUGUAGAACAAAGGGUAAUUUCCAAAGAUAGCAAGUUGAGAAUCUUAGAAUCACGUCUUGGAGGUGAAUUUCUAGAUUCCAAAGAGAUCGUCGUAUUAAUUUCAAACAUUAAGAAGGACAUCGAAAAGAAUUCUAAAAAACUUGAUUCAAUGAAAAAGACUCUGGCAACACUAGAAAACUCGAAGAAAACUGUGACUCGAAACUUGGAGGGUAUUCAAGAGGAGCAUAACAAUAUCCGAAUAGAACUAGCAAAGCUUCAAAAGGCUUCAACUCACCCAGAUGCAGAACUUUUUAAAGCAGAAAAGGCUAGAAGAGAAAUGUGGAAAACCCUUAAUGAAGUUGAACAGAAAAUGUCAAAUGAAAAAGGGGUCCGGCUAGCACUUAUGGAACAUCUCCAAAGGAAAGUAGGCCGAGAAGCAAUCAACGGGUGGGAGGGAGUACACUUGGCGAUCGAAGAAUUGAGAAAGAAUGGGGAGGACGAAAUUGUCGAAGGGUAUUAUGGACUGGUUAUUGAAAAUAUCGAAUGUGAAGACAGUUUCGACCUAGCAGUGGAAACAGCUGGCGGAAUUAAGCUAUUUAAUCAUGUUGUAAAGAAUCGAAAAGUUGGCAUGCGUAUUCUUAAGGAGUUUAAUCGACUCAAAUUAAGAGGAGCUCCUACCUUUAUUCCAAUUGAUGAUAUACAAGUACCAGUCAUAACUUAUCCCCCAGAUCAUCGGGACCAUCGUCCUUUGAUGAACGACAUUAAUUGCUCACCCGGGUUGGAAAAACUUGUCAGUUUUAUUUUUGGACCAAUUUUGCUAUGCAGAGAAUUAUCUGAUGCCACAUCCCUUGCUAAGAUUCAUAAAAUCACUUGCGUAACUACUGCGGGUGACAAGGUAUUCAGGACUGGACCUAUUAGUGGUGGUUAUAUGGAACUAGGCUUGGGAAAGUUGGAACUCCAACGAGCAAAAGCAAAGUCAGAUCAGAGUCUCGAGUCUCUUUCACAUCGGAAAUUUAAUGCGGAAAGCCAGUUGGAAAAACUAGAAAAGCACAUUGCUGAAGCCGGUUCGGCGUCGGUAAAUAGGGAGUCUAAAAAAUGUGUUUUAAUGGCGAAAAAGGAUGACUCGGCAUGCAAGCUGAAACGUUUUGAAGUCGAGCUAAAAUCGAUAGAAGUGUCAUUUACCAAUACUCAAAAAGAAACUGAACGAUUAUCACGUGAAAUUUACGAACUCACCUGUCGGAAAACCAACUAUGAAGCAGAAUUGGAGCGACAAAGCCAAUCUACCCCGUCUCAGAGUGAUCGUAAAAUGGUCUCCAACCUUAGAAAUAAACUAAAGAAACUAACGAAAGAGAAAAAAGAGAUAUUUUCAAAAAGAAUGAACAUAGAAAAGGUUAUUACAUCUCUAACUCUGAAAAUUCAACAACAGCACACUCUGGUUGAAGAAGAGCGUUUCAAAGAGCUAGAACUCCACUCUAGUCAAGAACAUGGACAAAGACUAUCUGAUAUCAACGAAAUGAUAGAUUCCAUUACGGAUCAAAUUAACAAGAAGAUCAGCGAAUCGAACAAUAUCGCUGAAUCCAUACCACAGUUGGCCGCAAAGAGGUCCAAAUUAAAGGCACAAUUAGAUAAUCUUGAUGAUAAGGAAAAGAAAAUAAUGAAAUCCCGAAAUCAAGUCGAGAGACGUUUGGACAAGUUAUGUACUGAGGCGCUUGGGUUGAACCAGAAGCUUCAAGAAAUUACUGAAGCAGGGACAAAAUUUGCAACUGUACCGGGGGAUUCUAAUAAAUUUCAAAACGAAUCAUCAAAAGUUCUUUAUGAAAAAUUAAAGAAAAUUAACAAGUACAUUGGUGGCGUGUCUGGUGUCAACCAGAAAGCUGCAGAACAAUACCAAGAACUCGUGGAACAGUAUGCAGCCUUCAAGGAAAAUUUAGAACAACUUUGUACAGCUCGAGAUGAAAUGGAUCAGUUGGUUGCUGACCUUGAAGAAAAAAGAGCAGAUGCAAUUCUCAAAAAUUUUCGUGUUCUUCAACAACAGUUUAAAGAAAUUUUUUCACAGAUUGUCCCCAAAGGUAUCGCAGAGUUGAUUUUGUACGGCAAAAACUUUCACGUGGAUUCUGAAACUUUAGAUUCGGACAAGAUUCGCAAGCUUUUGGGACGCGGAGUUGCAGAGGGUUUAAAAAUCAAUGUCAAUUUCAUUAAUAAUCGUCUUCCAGAAAUGUGUAAUAUAAUUCAGCUUUCUGGUGGUCAGAAAUCUGUCGUCGCAUUGUGCUUAAUCUUAGCAAUCCAGAAAAUUGAUCCAGUUCCAUUUUACUUAUUUGAUGAGGUGGACCAGGCCUUGGAUCCGCAGUACCGUGCUGAAGUAACAAAGGUCAUUCAUGGUUUGUCAUCCGAAUUUAAUCUUCAGUUCAUUUGCACUACUUUCCGACGGGAGUUUUUAUCCGAUGCGGACAAAUUUUAUGGGGUUUCUAUGACAAAUAAGUGCUCGACCGUGAGACCAGUCGAUAUUCACGAAGCCGUGACCUUCGUUGAACAUUCAUCUCAGCCAGAAUAAUUAGCUCUUAAUUUAUUAAUAUUUCAUACACCCAACUUUAAUUUUUAUAUAUGUUUGGUUUGUUUCAUGCAAAUUAGCAAUUUUGCAAUGUUGAAAAUUAUGCAUUUGCUAGUAAAAAUAAAAUAUGUAUUUCAAUAAUA